CUGAGACGGCAUCAGUACCUGGCAGCAGUGAUUUCUCGUCUACUUCUUUCAAAAUUCACAGGAGGAAACACCGGCGUUGUACGAUGCGGUAGCUUGUUCUCUGAUCACCGGGGCUAAGAUAUAAUAUAUUCUAUCCAUAUUCUUUGCAAGUGAAACACAGGUCAUUUCAGGCACAUAAGGAAAUGGCACAAACAGAGAAAACCAGAGAGCUGGUGGACGAGAUCCAGGAGGAACAGUUUCUUAAAGACCUCUACAUUUUCAUGAGGAAGAAAGACAUGCCGAUAGAGAGGAUCCCACAUCUGGGCUUCAAACAAAUUGACUUGUUUGUGAUGUUCAAGACUGUCGAGGACUUGGGAGGAUACCACCAGGUAACUGCGCAGCAGCUGUGGAAGCAAGUUUACAACAGGCUUGGAGGAAACCCCAGAAGCACGAGUGCAGCCACGUGCACUCGCAGACACUAUGAAAAGCUACUUCUGACAUAUGAAUGUCACAAGAGAGGAAUUGUGAUGAAUGCCUUGCCUCAGCAUCAGCCGAGACUCUUGCAUGAUGUCAACUUCAACAAAGACGACGAGGAUGGCCAGAGACCAGCCAAACGCAAACUGUUGUCAGUGCCGCUGCAACAGAGCGCUCCUCAGCUCCAGUCAGAUGCACAUGGAAACAUCUUCCCUCUUCCACUCCACUACUCUCAAUACUAUCGCCCAAACCGUGCAGUUCUGACCCCGUAUGUCCCGUUGUCCCCCCCCAUGUUGACAUCGCAGAAUCCCCCUUCCCCCGAGCCACAGUUCCCUUUCUGUCCACCUCAUCCAAAUCCAACAGACAGGGUCAAGAAGCCACUGGAGCACUUGCGCCACCUGGCAGAACAGUACAAGACCUCAUCCGGGCUGGCUGAGCCCCUGAACCUGAGUGUCAAAGCCCAAAGCCAGGAGACCAACAGAAACCCUGCCUCAUCCUUCGCUCCACCUUCAUCCAGCAAGAACCCAAAGUUUUUGAACCAACCCUCACCUCUGUACGCACCCCAUUAUCCUCCGGUGGUGAGAAACGAUGGAUGCGAGGCUCCAGAUGACGAUGCAAAUGUCACACCGUACUCGUAUCCUGUUAAAGAAGGGGAGGAGUAUGUCAUUGAUGUCGACGCUCUAACAGACUCAAGCAGCCCCAACCUUGAACCUUCUCUGAUGACAGAUGAAGGCAUCACAACUAUGGCACCAAAACCCAGCUCUCUGGAAACAGACUAUAUAAUCCGGCCAAAAAAUGACAGGAAGGGCAGUCCAGAAGUAGGGGGGCUUAAUAUCAGCUACGCUCGGCCCAGCCCCCCUCAAGACAACGGAGGCAAGAUGGAAAUACAGAUACCGCUGUCUAUGUUCCACAGCUGGCUCAGGCUUUGUGGGUCCUCAGCCCAGAUUCAUGGAGCUAAGCAGCUACAGUCACCUCCUACACUGGAGGCACAAUCAGGACAGAGGAACUGCUCGGAUCCAGACAUACUCCCCACCAAUCUCUCCCUACGCUCAGAUCCCCAACCCUGGAGCCCAGCUGCUGAGGAUCUGAGGCUGAGGCCGAGGGCAGCACCAAGCCCCACACCAACCAUCCAGGCAAAUAGCACGAGCCAAAACCAUAUCACCAGCUACAAGCCUUUGCCCUCAGGUGGCAUUCUGAAGCACGCAUCCAGCCGAGAUGUCUACCCAGUAGACCAGCAGGAUAAUAUUCAGUCGUACAGCUCCCAAGUCUCACGAUGCUGGGACACCUACGACAAAGAGACCCACACCGCCCACAUCCGAGGGAAAGUCGCAUCCAGUCCCAUCACAGUUCAGCAAGACUUUACUACUACGUCCUUGUACCAAGACGCACCCAAGGGAGGAAAAGAAAGGUCAGAGAUGGCGCCCUCAGCCUUGCUAAUGGUGAAUUCCAGCUCUCUGCUGCACCUCACCACUGAAGAGGUGAUGAAGCUGAAGAAAAUCAUCUCGAACUCAUCAUGAAGAUCCGUUCAGAUUGUUCCACAGAUAUUCCAACAUCACAUUAAAGCUGACCAUUACUGUUAUGUUAUGUUGCUUUCCAUUUACCAUAAGUUAUCUGUUUCAAAAUGACUUAUCUUUGGAUUCAUAAACUGAUCAUUUAAUAAAUAAUUUAAAUAUGAGAUGAAACUUUAUUUCAUGUAUAAUAUGCACAGUUCCUUUUUUUUAUUCUUUUUUUAUUAAUUUUGUACAGACAUUUCCUAC